UAGGGAGGAUAAAAUGUGAAAUAGCUAGUGUGACAUUAGGGAGGAUAAAAAGUGAAAUAGCUAAGGGGGGAUAAUAAGUAAAAUGGCUGGUCUGAUAUUAGGGAGGUUAAUAAGUGAUGUGACACACUGUGUAUCGAUCCAGUGUAACACUUGUUUACAAGUUGGGUAUAUAUAGGUCAAUAUAUAGUGUAAACUUGUAUAUCACUAGUGGUCACGGUUGAUAUUCUAUACUACAUACAGGUGAUAUAUAUAUACACAGUUCUCAAGACGGUAAGCUAGGUUGCAGGAAUGGAUGAAUCAAAAGAUCCCGACAGAAACAGAUGUGUGAAGAAUAAUAUUACUAAUGUUAAAACAGCAGAUACGGUGAUAACAUGUAACUCAAAUGGUGUUGAAUCAAAAGAUCCCGACAGAAACAGAUGUGUGAAGAAUAAUAUUACUAAUGUUAAAACAGCAGAUACGGUGAUAACAUGUAACUCAAAUGGUGUUAAAACAACAGAUACGGUGAUAACAUGUAACUCAAAUGGUGUUAAAACAACAGAUACGGUGAUAACAUGUAACUCAAAUGGUGUUAAAACAACAGAUACGGUGAUAACAUGUAACUCAAAUGGUGUUAAAACGGUCUCCAAUAUUCUAAAUAACCAAGUGUAUACGAAUGGUGAUUAUAAGGAAAUCAAAAUCCAGGAUGAAAGAGAUUCGUGUAAAAAGGAAGAAGAGGAACCCAGGAAGAAACGGGAUUCAGAAGUUGGACGAUUUGUAGAGUUAUUAAAGAAGAAAAGUAUACAAGAGAAAUUGGUGUAUGUGAUAUCUCUAACCACUAUAGUUAUACUGGUUCACGGUCUCUUCUCUGUUCAGUGGUUAUUACCAUAUUAUUAUACCAUUACUACACCUAUUCUACUACUCAUCAGAAUUAUCAUAUAUUGGGGUUAUAAAUGGCAAUAUUUUUUGAUAGAUUUCUGUUACUAUGGAAACAUAAUGUGGUAUUCCUUUAUAUGGAUGGCACCACAUCAAGCUGAACUAUUUAUUGUAGUGUUUGCGUUGGCUAAUGGACCCAUGGUGUGGGCGAUGGUAGUAUUCAGGAAUUCUUUAGUUUUACACUGUAUAGAUAAAACUACCUCGGUUUAUAUCCAUCUACUACCCGCUCUACUCUCUUUCGUAAUACGUUGGUAUCCACGGAAGUGUUCAAUAUACUGGUACAGUGAGUUUAUACCCGUCAUAUUAGAAUGGUCAAUGUUGUGGAUUAUAAUCAUUCCUCUAGUCUGUUUCAUUCUUCAUAGCAUGUUAUAUAUAAUUGUUAUAAGUAUAAUGAAACCGUCUGAUGAAUAUUUAACUAGUUAUCGAUACCUCACAGCUAAAACAACCAAAUUAGUUUUUAAAGCUGUCAACAUAUUUGGACCCAGAUGGCGAUUGUUAAUAUAUAAUAUAUUCAACUGGUUGUUUUGUUUGAUAUGCGUUACCAUGACAAUCAUAUGGUAUAACUAUUUUAUCGCUCACUGUGUCUUUCUUGGCGCCAUGUUUUUAAUCGUGUCCUACAAUGGCGCCAGUUUUUAUAUGGACGUGUUCAGUGUCCGAGCAGAAGUAUUUAAAUGAGGAACAAACUAACUAACAAGUUAAAGUUUUACAAAGAAUGAUUCACUGUUUGAAGUUGUUACCAUGACAAAUGACGAACAUGUUAACUGAAGACAAGAACACAAAAGGUUCAAGUUUUAAAAAUGUCUUUCGGUUGGAAGCUGUUUUAAAUCAAGGACUUACUGAUGGAAGCUGUUUAAAAUCAAUGACUUACUGAUAAAGCUGUUUAAACAACGACUUUCUGUUGGAAGUUCUUUGGAAUCAAUGACUUACUGAUAGAAGCUGUUUAAACAACGACUUUCUGUUGAAAGUUGUUAAAAACCUCAAGAACAUACUAUUGAAAGUUGUUACCAUGACAGUGAAUCACGGAUACACCACGCACUGGUUUUAGCCAAAUCUUGUUUAUUAUACCACAGGUCGCCAGACUAACAAUGACGGAUUCAGGUGGGAAGCCUCUAACACCCACCCCACCCACACUAAAUAACUGUAUAAAAAUUACAUUUAUUAGUAUGUUUCUAUGAAAUGUGAACUGUUUGUAUGGCGAUGUUUUAAAUGAUGAAAUUUGAACUGUCUGUAUGGCGAAGUUGUUGAUGAUGAAAUUUGAACUGGUUGUAUGGCGAUGUUGUUGAUGAUGAAAUUUGAACUGUCUGUGUUACGAUGUUGUUGAUGAUGAAAUUUGACAUUAAAUACGACACCCCGAUCUUGGAGUUGGACCUCCAAACCUAAUACCCUGCCUCCGUCACUAACUGGGGUUACCAUGGAAACACCCCCUUUAUUGUGUAACAUAAUUGGUGGACAGUGUAAACCUGAUACUCGAUGUUUUAAGAUAACUUGUUUUAAAGGAGCUAUGGUUGAAUCAAAUCUGUAUUCUAGAGAAGUCAAUUGUUUGACUUAAUUCCCUUAAACCUCUAUGAUUUAGACCAUAAUGAACUUUUGAGUUGGUCUGUUUCGAUGGGGAGCCAAAAAUACAAUGACAAAUGUCUGAUUUGUAAAACAAAUAUUGAUUUUAGUAUAAAAAUAUCGAAAUACGACAACAAAUGAAGAAAUAAGAAUUAAGGACUAUGGAUUAAGAAUUAAGAACAUUGAAUAAAGAGCUGUUUGGUCUUCCAUACAUUAAAAGUUGAAUAAUCAAGUUGAGUGUAAUUUAUCACGCUUCUACGUAAAAGGAGAAGGAUUGACUAGGUCGGAAACGGGCGGUUAUUGGGGUGUGGUGGGUUGGUAUGUUUAGCAAGUAUGUGUUUUUUGAUCCGAUUGUGGCAACGUCGACACCACCACCAUUAUGGAUUCGCUUCUCUGACAGCCCCCUUCCCUCACCAUUUAUGACUUCUGACAACCCCCACUCGUCCAAUAUGGCUCCACUACGCUGGCAGCCCAAAGAAAAAGAGAAGAAAAUUUGGAUAGUUUGACUGCCGAAAACGCGUUGUGGAACCUAGCGUUAAGAUGGUUGUAUUAAGGGCAAGGUAAAGUGACACCAUUUUGUCACAACACCUGAAAAGAUGAAACAUUUAUUUCAAAAACCAGAACAGUGGCCCUUGGAUACAAAAGUCUAAAAUAAAAAACAUUACUCACA